UAUGAUUUCUCUCUUUUAUUGUUUUUCUUUCUUAAAAAACCUGCUCAUCUUCUUUGAUUUGUUAACAAUGAAAGACUUCACUUCCUCUCUAUACACAGGCAACACCAAACUCUCUUUCUCUACAAAAAUUAAUCCCUCCAUUUGCAGUAAAUCCCUUAGAAGCCUUUAAUUUAAAUCUGUACAAAUUUCUCAUUUAGAUUCAAUCGCAAACCUAAGGAACUUGUGUUCGAUGAAGAUGAAGAACCUCAGGUGGGUCUAUCAACCGUAUAUAACAAAAUAAAUUCCGCCUCUUCUCUUAUUACCUCUUCGCUUCAGGUGGGUUUCCAUUCUUUAACUUACCGAUGAAUAUGCCAUCAAAUGUGUAGUUGUCGAUGGAUGGAUGGGAAAACUCCGACAAUAAUGCUCAGUUUGAGAGAAGGCAUGUUAUAUUUUGGACAUGAAGCUGUGAAAUAAUGGGCUUUUACUGAAACAGAAAGAGGUCGUGUAAAUACACCAUCAUCGCCAUGUUUAAUCUUCUCCGUCUUCUGCAAUAAUUUUAGGAUAUUUGUUUUCUUCGUCUGUAAUUCAUUAUUUGUGUCUUUGUUUUUUUUUAUUCUUAAGCUACUCUUCAAAUCUUUGUAGAAAUAUUCAUUAUUGUUCAAUUGUAAAACUAUAUUAUCUUCAGUUUCCAAUUUAUAAAAUGGGUUGAACGUUGUGGAUAAAGUAGGGGUGGAGGAGAACGCGGCGGAAGUGAAUUUAACGGUGGUUGUUGCGGUGGUGGAUGUGGCGGCGGAGGAGGACGAUUGACUUGGAGUUUGACCUCAAGUGCUUUCUUUUCUUGUUCUCAGAAUUUAUGGAUUUUUAUUUUGAGGUUAAGAAUGUGGAGGUAAAAGGGAGAGUUUCUGGGUUGUAAAAAUGAAAGUUCCAGAAAAGAAAAAUGGUGAUAGUUUAAAGGGAGAAGCAACACGUGUAAGGCAGGGAUGAUUUAUGUAGAGCAUGUAAAAUAAUCCCGCUAUUAGCUAUUUAAUGUAAUCAAUAAAUUAGCAUAGAUGAAAGAAAUUAAGAGGGUUAGCAUUUUUGUAAGAAAGUCCCGCAAUUAGCCCAGGUCUGUAAUUUUCUCUUAGUAAUUGAUAUUCGAGCUCAGUUCGAAUUGUUUGAGCCAAUCUCAAGUUUUUUCGAGUUAUGAGUAGUCGAGGUGGUUUACACCCCUAAGUAUAUCCCACCAUUACCAAGCAUAUGACUACACUUAUGUCAAAUUAGCUCAAGAAAUCAUCAGAUACACUCACUCGAAGAAUCUUAUCCAUCAACAAAUUGAAUUAUAAACUUGUUAUAACACUCCAACUGACUUGAUUCCUCUCAUUCAGGCAUUUUAUCGAACAUUUUAUAUGCACAAAGACAUCGAAAAAGCAUCCAGCGCUCACCAGACAGACACAUGAACUCAGAAUUUGCCAACUCUGCCCAAACUAAUUUCCUGAGCCGGCAAGAAUCAAAGGUCCCACAGUUUUUGUCCAAUAUAUUUGUCAAAUUUCCACCUGACUUCAGAAACAAUGCUUUGAAAAUCUCUCAAACAUCAAUUUAAUCGAAACAAGAACUAGGCUGUGUCGGUCAGUUUAAGCUUUUUUGAUUACAAUCUUUUUUGUCUCUGAAUCUAAGCUGAACACCUUGUAAAAUGAUCAUCAUAUACAUAAUCUUUUGCCUCAUUCUGCCGAUUGCUGCAGAAGAAACAGAAUGUCCUGAAACGAGUUGCGGUAAAGACGGACCGAUCAUCAGAUUUCCCUUUCGGCUUAAAGAUAGGCAGCCAAGCUACUGUGGCUAUCCUGGAUUUGAUCUGUCUUGUUCGGAUGAUAAACAGACGGUUAUAGAGCUGCCGAUUUCAGUGAAAAUGUAUGUCAAGGAUAUUGAUUACGGAUCCCAGAUGAUUUCUGUCUCCAACCCGAAUACUUGUCAGCCAAGAAACCUCAAAAACCUUGACCUGUAUGCCUCUUCUUUCCAUUUCUAUAUAAAUCCCAGAACUUCUUACAGUUUCUUCAAUUGUACAUCAAGAAUUGUUGAUUUGGGAUCCGACGGUUAUGAAAUUCCUUGCCUUGCAAAUCCUGAAUAUCAGGUCUAUGUGGUUUAUUCCUCGAGUGGUAUAGGUUUCAUGCCAUUCUCAUCUUGCUCCAAGAUUUUUGAAAUUUUAUCAUUUCCAUUUUACUUUAAUUUCUCUGAUGAUAAUCUUCUCUUGAGUUGGUCAGCACCACAGUGUGCUCCCUGUGAAGAAAAAAACAAGAAAUGUGGAAUCAAGAGUAACAGUGAACUCCAAACAGUAUGUUACGGAAAUCUCAGAGCAAGCAGAGGUGCAAUGAAAACGCCAUUGAUUACUGGCCUAGUCCUGGCUUCGCUGCUUCUAGUGGCAGCGGUUCUUGUGCUGUGCGAUAAAUACAAGAAAGACAAAGAAGGUAAAGAAAAUCAAGUCAAGAUUGAAAAGUUUCUGGAGGAUUACAGGGCACUUAAGCCUACAAGAUAUACUUAUGCAGAUAUCAAGAGGAUUACGAAUGAUUUCAAGGAAAAAUUGGGCGAAGGAGGUUACGGAACAGUAUUCAAAGGAAGGCUUUCACAUGAAAUUUAUGUUGCUGUUAAAAUCCUCAACAAUUCUAAAGGUAAUGGAGAAGAGUUCAUCAAUGAAGUAAGAACCAUGGGUCUAAUUCAUCAUGUCAAUGUAGUUCGUUUAGUCGGAUAUUGUGCCGAUGGAUUCAGAAGAGCUCUAGUAUACGAGUUUCUACCAAAUGAGUCACUAGAAAAGUUCAUAUUUUCAUCAAAUAGAAACAAACAUAAUCUUGGUUGGGAGACACUCCUAAACAUUGCUAUAAGUGUGGCGAAAGGGAUCGGGUAUCUUCACCAAGGAUGCGAACAACGAAUCCUCCAUUUCGAUAUAAAACCUAGCAAUGUUCUACUUGAUGACAAUUUCAAUCCAAAAAUUUCAGAUUUUGGAUUGGCGAAAUUGUGUUCUAAGGAUCAAAGUGCAAUAUCUAUGGCUACAGCUAGAGGGACUAUGGGUUACAUUGCACCUGAAGUGUUCUCCAGGAACUUUGGAAAUGUAUCCUACAAGUCAGAUGUUUAUAGUUUUGGAAUGUUGCUAUUAGAAAUGGUUGGAGGAAGGAAAACCAUGGAUGUUACAGUAGAGAAGACAGGCCUAUUAUAUUAUCCUGAAUGGAUAUAUAAUCAUUUGGAAAAAGGGGCUGAACUAAUAAUCUGCUUAGGGGAAAAAGAAGAAGAAGAAUGUAAUGCUGAAAUAGCAAAGCGACUUGCAAUUGUCGGAGUUUGGUGCAUUCAGUGGCAUCCAGUAAAUAGACCUUCAAUGAAAACUGUUGUUCAAAUGUUGGAAGGACAUGAUGAUUUAACAGUUCCUCCUAAUCCCUUCUCGUCUACAAAGUCGUAUAGAAUUCAGCAUGUGAAGCCAUUAGACCUAGAACUAGCUGUUAUUUCUGAAAUAUGAUAUCAAAUUCUAUGCAUAGUUCAAGGUUGUUUCUCUGUUCUCAAAGUGAUGAAGUAUACCUUUCAUUCUCUACUCAAAAGAAAAAACAACGCAAAAAUAAAGAAACAAUCGACUAGUUUGCAGUGAGUUUUUAUUAGCACAUUAAAUAUAAAAUUAAUGAAUCCACC